ACAAGGAUUCAUCUUCUGCUCUGCGGAACUGUUUAUCUGUCGCCGUGUCUACACGGACAACAAUAACGAACGGCAUUCGCUGCGCUUCCGUUGCCCAUGACACCGGAGCGAAGUUCUGACAGCUGAUUCUCCAAUCAGUUUAUAUCCACUCGGAGCUCCCAAAUAAUCACUUUUGAAGUUAUUUACAGUCGGACGUGCCUCCUUUCACCUCCGGCUGGAGUUGCAGAGAGCGCCUUGAACAGAGGAGGGCGGCUGAUUAUGGUGUAGCAAGGAGCGCUAGCCCUGAGACAGCAGGCUUUUGAGCAGCAGUGCAGUGUGGCAGAGUGCAGCGUGGGGCAGACCGAGGCAGAUCACAGCAGCUUAGCCAUGCUUACAUUGGCCAGUAAGCUGAAGAGGGAUGAUGGAGGAAAGACGGGCCGUGCCUCUGGAGCCUCCGACUCCACCCAUAGGGUCUCCAUCAGGGACCGCCUCCUUACCAAAGAAGUUGCAGAACUUGAAGCCAAUCUCCCUAGUACAUGCAAAGCCAAUUUCCCAGAUGAGGACAAGCUGCAUCAUUUUCAGCUGGCAGUGUCUCCUGAUGAGGGUUACUACCAAAGUGGAAAGUUUCAGUUUGAAAUAGAUGUCCCAGAAGCAUAUAACAUGGUGCCUCCUAAAGUGAGAUGUCUGACCAGAAUAUGGCAUCCCAACAUCACAGAGAAUGGAGAGAUCUGUUUGAGCUUAUUGCGGGAACACUCUAUUGAUGGCACAGGCUGGGCUCCCACUAGAACAUUAAAGGACGUUGUCUGGGGAUUGAACUCCUUGUUUACGGACCUGUUGAACUUUGAUGACCCUUUGAACAUCGAUGCAGCAGAACAUCAUCUGAGAGACAAGGAGGAUUUUCGGAAUAAGGUUCAAGAUUACAUCAAGCACUAUGCCAGAUGAUAGAAGCAUCGGCGACCUGCAUUAGCCUGCACCAACCAACCAAACUGCUCUACCUUGCCUCUGCUUAUCUUGGCCAACGUCCCCCCACGUGUGUGAAUCAACAGCUGACUCUUUGACUCUUACCACUCUCCUUCACAGCCCCAUCCAUGCCCUGCUGUUCACCUGAUUGCAAUAAACUCCACAUUGCAGGAACGAAAUUAAAAAAGAAAAAAAAAUGAUGCAUUUAAAGAAAGACUUGCAUUCAAAAGAAAAAUAUGCUUUAAUUAUCCUAAUCGAUUGAGUGUUACAAUGACCGCCAUGUCUGUUCAUUGUGACAAGGUUACUGUGUGACGCAGCCUCCAUGAGCUGUCCCCGAGCCUGUCGGAAUUGAGCCAUGGCAACGACCGGCAAAGGGUUCGAUGUGAUGAUUCACCGGCACAAAAAAAAUAAAUAAAUAGAAGGAAGUCAUGUUCAGCUGUUAAAAUGUUGACGAAUCAAGAGAAAGAAUAUCUGUUGCUAUCAGUUCUCUGUUCCAGUGCCUGCUAUGUGUGUGUCGCUAACGAGAAUAUGCAUGUGAGUUCACAAACACACACACACACCCACACACACAAACACAGUGUCACAUCCUGUAGUGAAAGGUAAACAUACACACCGUACACUUGUCUAUUACUCACACACAAGUUGGAAAGCCCCCAGCCCCACUAGACAGCAUGUGAAUGACCACAUUGUCCCGUUCUGUUGUCAUUCUUCUUGCAUGUGCACACACACACACUUAGAUCCAGACCCUCUGUGCGUUUUCAGCUCCAGAGGGAUAAAGUACGACUACUAAAACCGCAGCCAAAUGUAUUGUACUGUUUUCAGUGUCACCUCUUCUGUGCUCCAGGUCCUCCUCUCCUCACUGUCCUUUUUUGUUUUUCCUCCAUCUGUCUCUUGUUUCACACACACAGACACACAGUCGACCACAUGUACGUUUUCAAUGAGGAUGGAGAGGUUCAUUCAUACUUACAGUGCAGUCAUUAAGUACUGUGACAGUGACAUUUGUGUGUGCUCGCUCUAGGUUUGAAAUGAAACAGUGACUACAAGUUUAAAGGACUGAUUCAAAUUUAAUUUCAUGAGAGAUAAACGGUGUAGGAAUUAUAGCUAGUCGUGAUGAGAUUUAUCAUCUGCAGCUCCCCUCAGCUUUGUAGAGAAUAGUUUUCGUUCAUCGUUUUGCUGUCCAGCCAACAGUUUAACUGUUUUGGUUCACUUCAUUAUUUAAUUGUGUUGUUUUUGCAUGCAGCAGACCAAACAGCUGGCAGUCACAGUUUGCAGCUAGCUGAUGAGACAGUUUGUAGCUAGCUGAUGAAAACAGCAGAGCAUUUAGCAGCUAAAGAGUUAGAUAUUUCCAUCAGGAGUGGAAUAAACCAAAAGCAGCUAAACAAGAAUUAAUGUUGCACAUAUGUUUACCAGGUGGCCAGAAACAGGACUCGAAAUAAAUAAUAAUGUUACUCUGUAACUACUUGAUGGUGUAAAAAAGCAGCUGCUAACAAGCCAACAGAAAUAUGUCAGUGUUGGUCAUAAAAAAUCCUUACAUAUAACAGAUCCUACACCAGGGAUACUCAACUUGCUUUGCCUGGGGGCCAAAUUUGCAACUGAGAGGAGCUCAGGGGCCAGUUAAUGAACAAAAAUUACUGUUAUUUUUCAGAUGAAAUGAACGAAUGAGGCAAAUAAAUUCAGUCACACCAUCCCCGCAUAGAUUAGGUGUGCAUAGGGGUCUUUCUAGGAUCUGAGGACAGUGGGCAAUUCUCCCAGACCUCUGGUGGCAGGUGCACUUUAAAAAAAUAUAUAUCUAUAUUGAUGCUUUUCUUAUGCAGUCUGGUGUCUUACUUACGUUUAAAGUAAAAAAAAUAUCCCAAUUUUUAAUCAAUUUAUUAUCAGUGUGAAUUAGAAAAUGGUUGGCGGUCCACCUGGCACCCAUUUGAGGGCCAGAUUUGGCCCAAGGGCUGUAAGUUGAGUGUCAGUGUCCUACACUGUUUACCCAUCAUGGAUGUGAACACCUUAAAACACUCCUGUGGCUAAAAGUCAGCACUUUAACUUCAGUUAUUGUUUCAUAUCAUUGUCAUUGUGCUGCAGUAGGCUACAGAAAAAAAAAUCCAUUUCACUGUCCCCAGACUUUGUGACUGCACGGUACACACCUUGUCAUUGUGGUUGCUGUGGGAGAUUUCCCAAGCUAACAUGCACAGUGUGUCUUUCUGGAAGGAAAGAACUCCAUUGUCUCUUUCUCUUUGUGUGUAUGGCCUGUAUGUUUUCACUGUCUGGAUAUGUUUGCAUAAAGGCAGUUAGGUGGCGAGCUAACUAGCUAGAGGGUGGGCUAGCAGCAGGUAACACGCUAGUGAGUGAUCUUACUAGCUAGCUAGGCAGCUAAUGAGUGGGUGGCUUUCAGUUGGUGCAAGGGACUCCUUGCUUUCAUCACGUAUGAAAACGCUGGAGGUGUUGCACUUCUUGCACACAGGACAGGUUCAGAGGACUGAAAUAAGCUGCUCACACUAGUUGGCAUGCUUACUGGUGGAUUAGCUCACUUGUUAGCAUGCUUAUUAGCUCACUCGGCAGCUUGUUAGUUUGCUAGUGAAGUUGUGUAGGUGCUGCUAUUCCACUGCCGUGCAUGUUCAUUUUGUGUGUGAAAAAGAAAGAGAGGCUGUCACUCAGUUAGCCAGUGAGGGUGUGGUCUGCGUAUGUUAGUGUGCGUGUGUGUGUGUGUGCAUGUGCGUGCGUGUGUGUGUGUGUGUGUUUUGCUCGGCCCUGGCUAGCAUUGUGCCUCCAGUUUGAGUUGUAUCUCUCAACGUCAACACUGUUCUCACUCCAUUCAGCUUUGUGUUUGUGUUCACACAUCUGCAUGAGGCAAAGUCUAUGUAAUCUGCCAGUGGUGCAUUUACUAAGGAUGUCAGACAUGUAGUUGAAGACUGAAAUUUUAUGUCUGAGGUGUGUGUGCGUGUGUGUUUGUGUGUAAAGAUGGAAAUUAUGUGCGUGUUGACUGUGUGUGUGUGUGUGUGUGUGUGUGUGUGUGUGAGCAUAUGUGUGUGAGCAUAUGUGUGUGAGCAGUUUAAGUAUGACAUGUUGAAAUGAUGUGACCUGUUAGCAUGCUCUGGUUCCCCUGCUCCUCUUUUUUUGUUUGUUUUUUGUUUGGGUUUAGUUUUGUUUUUCUGGCCCAGGGUUUAACAGCUCAAAUAAUCAUCAUUUUCUAAGUGAAAGUAAACAGAACGACAGACGACACUGGCUUCUGCUAAAAUAAAGGACCUGAGAAUAUGACAGAUACCAGGUCCAUUUAAAGUAAAUGUGAACGUGGGCGUUCCGUGGUAUUUUCCAGCAUGGUGUUGGUCCACUUGAACCGUGAAGGCCAAUGUAACUGCCUGUUACUAUGAAGCCAUCCUGUGUAAUCGCCAUGACGAUUAAGUGUCAUGGUAGUAGUUGCCUCCAGGAUAUGGCAGCCCAAUACGCUGUACUUAAUCUAGCCUUACUAAUACUCUGACUUGUCAUAUGUCCUUUAGUUUGGCAGUUAGCAGUGUUAUGGCGUUGUUUUUUGUUUGUUUUUUUUCCCAGGAUGCUUGGGCUAACUCCAUCUUUGGGCCAGGGGAGAAGAUUAACAACCUGUUCUUCUUCAAAUCCUCAACUUUUCUUUCUCAGAUUGUAUAUCCAUUUUUUAAGAUAUAUUAAAGAGAAUAUAAAUAAAA